AUCCCGCUGAGCAACGGGCGCGGCGCCUUCUCGUCCUCGCUGGCCGAGUACGCGCUGAUGGCGGCGCUGCACUUCAACAAGCAGGUGGCUCGGUGCCAGCAGAACCGGCGCGAGCGGAGGUGGGACAAGUUCGAGAUGUCCGUGCUCCGUGGGCAGACCCUCGGACUGCUUGGGUUCGGCGACAUCGCGCAGCACGUCGCCCGGCUCGGCAAGGCCUUUGGGAUGCGAGUCGUCUGCCUGAGGCCUCCAGGUCGCUUCCCUGAACACUUCCGAGACGCGUCCGGGACACGGCCUCCCCUCCCUUUCCUCACACGGCCGAUGCUCGAACAGAGCGACGUCGUCGUCUGCACCCUGCCCGGGACCGAGGAGACGCGCCACUUCCUGUCGAGCGCCGAGUUUGACGCCAUGAAGGGCGGAGCCACCUUCGUCUCGGUCGGGCGCGGCAUCGCCGUCGACGAGAGCGCGCUGGUGGCGGCGCUGCCGCGGCUCGGCGGCGCCGCGUUGGACGUCUUCGAGACAGAGCCGCUGCCUGCCGACUCGCCGCUCUGGGAGCAGCCAGACUCGAAGCUCCUGCUGACCGCACACAAUGCCGACUACACUGCGGAC